AUAGUCUCGUGCAUCGAGGGAAUAUCCGCCUGUAUAGGCGAUGCAGUUAUGGCUGUCAUAUCCUCGGUCUCUGGAUGCCUUGAAUGCAUCGUCGGAGGUAUGACUGUAUUCGUUGGGUUGCCCAGCCGAUUGUUGACAAAUUAUUUCGAGCCAUCGCCAGUGCGUUUGCGUGUGUCGCGAACUGCAUAA